AUGAGUAUCAGAUCCAAACUCUCCUCUCUCAGAGAGUACUUGACGCCGAUCAACAAUGAAUCGAACUUUCGUAAAACUGGCGAAAUCUCCCCGGAGGAGUUCGUCAAGGCUGGUGACUACCUAGUCUAUAAGUUCCCUACAUGGAAAUGGGGCACAUGUCCUAAGAACUUGCAGAGAAAGUUCUUGCCGCCAGAGAAACAGUUUUUGGUGACUCGCCAUGUUCCGUCGUACCAGCGUGUGGCUUCGUAUGUGCCUGAGCCUGAAGAGGAAGCUGGAGAAGAAGAGCAUGAUACGGAUGCUGAAUGGGUUCCAAGGGUUAACUCAGCACCAGUGAACGCUAUGAAACAGCAGCAACAGCAGCAGGACUGCCAGAAUGACCUUGAUGAGUUGAUUGAAGAGAACGUAGAGGACAAUGUGGGCGAUGACGAUGCUGAUGGGUAUACGCAUAUCGAGUCGAACGAGCUGACGCUUAGGAAGUACGACUUGUACAUUUCCUAUUCGACACUGUACCGUGUGCCGAAAUUGUACCUUGUGGGCUUCAACGCCAAUGGAAUUCCACUCUUGCCAAAACAGAUGUACGAAGACAUUUCGGGCGACUAUAAGGAUAAAACGGCAACCAUCGAGAACUUGCCCAUGUCCAACAACACCACGUCCGUGUCGAUUCACCCAUGCAAGCACGCGUCGGUGAUGAAGGUGUUCAUGAACCACGCCAAAUCCAAGGCUGCAUUGAAGAAAGAGGAGUCCGAACCGCUGUCUCAAGACCAGCUGAAGGUGGCUGAGGACUUUGAGAAGUUGGAUCUCCAAGGCCCCUCUGCCGACGAAACGCCCGAGGAAGGUCUCGACGAGAUUCGCGUGGACUGGUAUUUGGUGAUUUUCUUAAAGUUUAUUGCCGGUGUAACACCUGGCAUAGAAUACGACUUUACCAUGGAUGCGCUCUAA